AUGACUGAAAAAGUGCAAUUAAAUUUAGAACGCAUGAUUCCAGAAUUAGAAGAAUAUAAAAAUAGGGGAGUGUUUUCUGCAGGAGAAUUACAAAAAAUAAUAACAACAAGAAAAAAACAUGAAUUUAGAUUGCAAAGAUUUGAUAAAAAACUGUUAGAUAUAUUACGAUAUAUAGAAAGUGAAACUACACUUGAAAGCAUUCGAGAUAAAAGAAUUAAAAAGAAAAAACUUUCUUAUUGCUAUUACGAUAAAAGAAUUUCGGAAAAAAUAGUUAAAUUGUAUAAAGAAGCAUUGUAUAGAUUUAAUGAUAAAAAAAUAAUAGUUAAGUUUACUGAUUACGCUAUUAAAAAAGGGCUACAUGCCGAUUUAAAAGAUGUUUAUGCUACUUAUUGCUCAAAAAAUUUGGGAGAUGCGGAGCUGUGGAUUUUCUGUGCUAUAAAAUUGUAUGAAAUUGACGAUAUUGAUUCUUCGAGAGCUAUGUUUUUAAAGGGCAUUCGGCUUAAUCCUGAAUAUCACAGACUUAGAAUAGAGUUUUUUAGAAUGGAAGCCUUUUCUAUUUUAAAAAUUUUAGAGACCAAUAAAAAGUUGGGUAUUGAAGAUGACAACGCUGAAGAUAUGACUUUUAUUGCUUAUAAUAUUUAUUUAGAUACACUUGAAAUAUGUGAAAAUAAGAAAGUUAUUGCUGAAAUGACAGAAAUAUCUAAAUGCGUAGAAGAAUUGCACUGUAAAAUUACAUCUACAGUUUAUAAGAAAUGUUAA